CAGAGCUUUAAAGGAAUUUUUUUUCCUCCCAAAACCUAGCGCUGUAACCCAAGCGCUGUGCGUCCAUCGCCGGCCACCUUCAAGCCUUUUUUCAACGAUCUCCGGCUUUUCUCGUCGCCUCCCAUGGCACCCACCAUCACCAAGGACACCCCCGUGGUUCAACUCCACGCCAAGACGCACUUUCUUAUCAAAUUGAUCUCCACCAACUUCUCCAUAUGGCAGCGCCAGGUUCGCUCCACGCUCAUCGCUCUUGAUCUCAUCGGGUAUGUCGACGGCACUCUCCAUGCGCCACAGAAAGUCCUUGAAGGAGCGGCCAAUCCUUGCUAUUCUAUAUGGUUCCGUCAAGAUCAAUCUAUCAUUGGAGCCUUACUUGGCAGCUGUUCCGAUCAGGUCCAGCCGCUUAUCUCAACCUGUGAAACCGCGUGUGAGGCUUGGACGAAUCUUCAUGCUGCCUUUGCCAGUUCCAGCCGCAGCCGCAUCGUUUCCCUCAAAUCACAAUUAGGCAAAAACCCUAAAGGUGAGCGUUCCAUGUCCGAUUAUCUCUUUGAUAUGCAAUCCAUUGCCAAUGAACUAGCGUUGGUUCAGAGUCCGGUUUCGGAGGAAGAUCUUGUUGUUCAUGUCCUCAACCAAGUGGGUGAUGAAUAUGACUCCAUCACCUCUGCUGCCCGUGUUCGUGCCGAACCACUUUCGUUCAAAGAACUUGGGGACAUUCUAAAGGAGCACGAAAAGAAAAUUCAGCUGUCAGAAGCCACUCGCACUUUGUCCCUCGCCACUGCCAAUUACACUCAGCAGCAGUCUGGUGGAGGUGGGAGUUCUCGGUUUGGUCAGCAUCACCGUGACGGAGGUCGUGACAGUGGUUCCUCCGCAAACCGUCGCGGUCGUGGGCAGACGGCUGGCAGGCCUGCACGGCAAACCGCGGGCAGUGGAUGCCAAUUCUGCUCCAUCCCAGGUCAUGAUGUUCGAGAUUGUCGGAAGCUCGCCCGCUUCCUUCGUCAACAUGGUCUUGCUCCCCCACCUGUGGCUCACUCCACAGGGGUCUAUCCGGCUACAGCUCCUCUGCAGUGCCACGUCGAGCCGUUCAAGGUAGCCUUCCAUCCCGUCAACUUUGAGGUGGAGCCGGUUGAGGGAGUUGGUGAUGGAGGCGAGGUUGGCCGAGGCCUUGGGUUCGGCUGGGCCAGCGGCAGGGGCAGUGCGGCGUGGCGCGGCAGUGGCAGUCGCGGCGUUGUCCGACUGCUUGGUGAAGGUUUGGUUGCUGAUUGUCUAAAGCUUCGUGGCCUUCGUGAGCGGGCCAACGGUGGUGGUUACCUUGAGCCGUUCAAGGAUGUCCAUCACCACGAACGGCUUGAGGUCCUCACCGGACAUGAUUUUGUGGCCAUGCUUCCGGGGUUUGAUGAUCCGGGACACGAUGUAGAGGACGAGACGGCCUUCGGGGUAUGCGGAGCGGAUGGUGGGGCGGCCCGAGGCAUGGCGGAUGAGCUCACUGAUGCUAAGCUCCUUGAGGAUAUUACCCUCGUUGUUGAGCACUCAGUCCUCUCCGCCAUAGUGGGAGACGUCUUUGCCUUGAAAGGGGAGGCUGGCGAUGCGCCCAAGCUACUCCACGGUGAGCUCAAUCGACGUGCUCUUGACAAGCAAGUAGAGCUCGUCGUCCUCAUGCCGGAGGUUGGAGUAGAAGGUCCGGAUCAGCACCGUGUUGAUCUCCUAUCGCGCCCGGGAGACGAACGGCCAAAGGCCUGCUUAAUGAAGCUGCGCGUCUAGGUCGUCGUAGCCCUACAACUCCGGGUAGCGCUCCAGGAUGAUUCGUGGGGGAGCCACAACCCGUUUAGAGAAAAAGGUGAGGUGCCUAUGUCUGGUAAAACACACGGGAGCUAUAUGUCCUACCCUAUUGCAAUAAUGGCAUACUACGUUU